CUCGAGUAGUGUGUCCCGGCUGGGAGCAAUAAAAAGGUCCACAGUGGUCGUCCCACAUGUUCAGUCAUGAUGGCUUUCUUUCGGCAACGGGUGCUGCUGCUCGCGAUCCUGGUGGCUGCCGUUUGGGUUGACGCAGACAUGAAGCUGGACUGCAGGCCCGACCACAUGACGCUGGUGUGGACCGAGAGCAGGACCCAGGUGGACCCGUCCCUGUUCCGUCUGGGCAACUGCUUUCCCACCAGCGUCGCAGCCCGGGAGGCCGCUUUCAGCGUGGCCCUCAACGACUGCAACUUCAAGAGAAUGGUCACUGGGGAUCAUCUGCUGUACACCAACGACCUGACCUUCAUUUCUUCACCCGAUUCUCAUCUACUCCCCUUCAGUCACCCAGUUGUCUGUGCAUACGAGAGGCCGAAAGACUGGUACCCGCUCGUCUACGAUCCUGUGUUUAACACGUAUGGUCAGGGAGAUCUGGUGUUUCACAUUGGGCUCAUGAACGUGGACUUCUCGGGCCCUGCCGCGUCCACUACUUUCCCUCUGGGUUCCUUCAUCCCAAUCAUGGCGAGCGUGGAGCAGAACCGCCAUCAGCCUUUGCUGCUGCUGCUCGAGGAAUGCGUUGCUGCUCCCACACCAGAGAUGCAACCCGGAAGCCCUUUCUACCCAAUCAUCACAAAUAAGGGAUGUCUUAUGGACAGUAAGAUAUCCGGCUCAAAAUUUGAGCCAAGGCAAAAAUCGUCAGAGAUCCGCCUCUCCCUUCAAACCUUCAAGUUUUCUGUCGACGUAGAGGUGUAUAUCCAUUGUGAACUCGUGGCUUGGGAUCCUUUUGGGCUUGACAACACAAAGAAGGCCUGCCACUAUAUCAAAGAUCAUGGCUGGGAGCUUCUGGAUGACCCUGAAUAUAGCAAUUUAUGUGACUGCUGUGACUCGAGCUGCAAGUCCAGGAGAAUGAGGAGUAUAGCAUCGGGGAAGCAUGGCGUGGUCCAAAAAGCAGUCCUCGGGCCGCUUACCAUCACCGAGACCUGAAGCAUCGGAAAACGACUCCAUCCUCUGGGCUCGCUCCUUCAAUCAGAAUUGGGUUGUUUUUUUAUUGUUUCAAGAUUCUGAAAGCUUGGUGCCUAGUUGUGACUUUGCAUUUCAGAUCUGUGUACAUUAAAGAUGUAGCCAAACUGUCAUUUAGUUGGUCUUUUUUGAAUAACUUGGAAUUUAAUCUCUGGGUAAAACUGAAUUGUCAUUACAAGGUAUAAUGGUGGAAUUUAUUGAGUAACUAAUCAGUUUCAAUAUUGAAUUCUGGUUAAAAAUAAAGUAUGACAUUAUUUACAA